AUGGCUGCUCCCGCUCCCCUCCGUCUGGGCUCCAUCGCCCCCAACUUCAAGGCCGAGACCACCCAGGGCCCCAUCGACUUCCACGAGUUCAUCGGCGACAACUGGGUCAUCCUCUUCUCCCACCCCGAGGACUACACCCCCGUGUGCACCACCGAGCUCGGCGCCAUGGCCAAGCUCGGCCCGGACUUUGCCAAGCGCGGCGUCAAGCCCAUUGGCCUGUCCGCCAACACCAUCGAGUCCCACGAGGGCUGGAUCAAGGACAUUGCCGAGGUCACCGGCGGCAACGUCACCUUCCCCAUCAUUGGCGACAAGGAGCGCCAGGUUUCUCUCCUCUACGACAUGAUCGACCAGCAGGAUGCCACCAACGUCGACGCCAAGGGCAUUGCCUUCACCAUCCGAUCCGUCUACUUCAUCGACCCCAAGAAGACCAUCCGCACCAUUCUCUCCUACCCCGCCUCCACCGGCCGCAACGCCAACGAGAUCCUCCGCAUCAUCGACUCUCUCCAGACCGGCGACAAGUACCGCAUCACCACCCCCAUCAACUGGGUCCCCGGUGAUGAUGUCAUUGUCCACCCCUCUGUCAAGAACGAGGAGGCCAAGACUCUCUUCCCCGAGUUCCGCAUCGUCAAGCCUUACCUCCGAUUCACUCCCCUCUCCAAGGACAAGGUUGCCGCCUAA